AUGCCUCUCCAGACACACUUGCCCGCUCAUCUCGCUGGAGACCCGACUACUCCAGCAUCGUAUAUUUUCGGUCAGCCGAGCUAUCCAUCUCUAUUCCGAGCGAGCGAAGAGCGACCUCGGUUGGCGUCCUUCCCAUGGUGGGAGGAUGAGGCAACAACCACCCUCUACAGUUUCGAUAUCGAGGCAUUCAAGAGAGUUGUCUAUUAUGGUAUCUUUACAGAUGAGCAACUCCCUUGGUUUGUGCUUACAGAACGCUCCGAGGCGUUCACUAUUGACCUUGUAAAACCUCGAGCGAGAGCGUUACGUCUUGAGAAAUAUCAGCGGGUGGAAGAGGCCCUACGACAAUGUAAACCUACUGUUGCGCCUCCGAUCUCAUGGGCCUGGCUUCCAAGCUACAACGAUAGUGACAGAAACCCUCUGGCCAUUGCAAAGGCCAUGGAUACUGAAAGUCAUCUCCACUUUGCCCGAAUCCCGUUCGAGGAGUUGGUUAGGUACGCGCUGAAUUACCCUUACAGCCGGGUUGAAUGGUUCUUGAAGCAGCAUACGACUCUCUAUGCACACAUCUUGGACCACCUUAACGCAUUCCCUGAUGAAGUGGAAAGGUACGCCGAGGUUGAAAAGCAUCUUCGAAGUCGAAGUCCUUUUGCUCACCGUGCUGUGGCCAGCGCUCUGGAAGGUGUAGGCCUCAAACUUGACCUACCAAUGCCGCCAUCACCGCUAUUUGAAUUUAUCGCUGGGCCCAUCCAACGUCUCUUCGGAGGGCUUACGGCAGGCUUGGAUUCAAUCAUGAAGGUACUCUGCGUGCUUGGAGUCCGGUAUGAGCGGGUGUAUCUGCAUUCUGGGGAGAUAAACUGGUCUCGACCAUUUAGCAUUGCCUUUUCCUUUCUCGAGGACAUUCUAGGCUCAACCUCAUCCACGGAUUUUGCUCGUACUCUAACUACUUCUGAUGAGCAAGUUUUUAUCCAAUUAAUUGAAGGGGGAGAAUUUGACAGAAACGGAGCCAAUCGCUUGUCGGCUCGAUGGGAGGCUCUCAGUCUAGAAGUUUGGGAAUGCUGUCGAGCCCUCCCAGAGUAUCCCUUAUUAGGUCUCCGGAAUUACCAUUCCCUGACGGCAAUCCUUAGUGGGCUUCAUAAAUACAGCGUUUCGCGGUCUACAUAUGUUUACACAGACGACGGAAAUAUGGCAUUAACCAUUGACCAAGUGCUGCCGCCCGAACUCUUAUACCUCCUCGAACCGGCUCAGAACUACGCGGCAUACCGACAACAAUACCAGCAAGCUGCUGGAAUACCGUUCCUUCUUCCCCACAUGAAUGAAUACCGCCAGUACGGCGAGCCCGUUCUUCAGAAUUUAUAUACUAGAUUGAGAACCGUUAUCCCACUGACGUGA